CUGUCAAGCUGUCAAAUAAACGUGGUGAUUUGGUGGACUCACACAUGGGAAUUUUUGAAUUCUUAAGAAAGUAAUGUGAAAUUGCCAUAAGUAGAAUUGUGUAAACAUUAUGGAGAUAAAAAUGGUAGAAGAGGAUCCUGCUCCUGCUGAGGAGAACCAUCACAAGAACUUAAAAGUGACUUCGUCGGUCUUGGAUGCUUUUGAUUUACUAAGAGCGGAAAGAGUUGAACUAAAACUUACUGGUGGUGCUAGAAUAAUAACACAGCUAUAUAGCAAUGAGGAUGACAAAGACUUUCGUUAUGUGUUGAAACGUUUGGUGCGGAGCUUAGGAGCUAACGUGCCAGCUAUGCGAACAGGAUACUUUGCAACACUAGUCACACUUUUAUCUAAAAUUGAUAAUGUAACUGUUUCUGAACUGUUGCAACUAGUUAAGAAGGAGUUGCAUGCUGGGAAUGCAUCAAAAAGUGAAGUUGGAGAUGUAGCGCUUGGUCAGAUCUUAGUCUGUGGAGCUAUAUUUCGGUCUGGUCUCAUGAUGAGCACCUCAGAAGAUGAGCAGAAGGAGGUAAUUACCCUGCUCCUGACGGCCAGCCAAAAGAAGUCAUACCUUGGCACAAUUGCCUACCUGAUGCUACUAGACUUUGUGAAAAAUCUGUCUGAAGAACAGUUCUCAUCAGUUGUAUGGUCAAGUCUUAAAGUUGACUUAAAAAAAGAUAUAAAAGAUCAUACAUUGGAUUCCCUGUACUUCCUCUUAGUCGUCAGCAAGAAGUUCCCAAAUAAAGUGAAGUUGAGAAAACUUUUAGGAGUGCCAGAACUGCUAUGUGAGGACACUAUUCCUGAUAUUUGUGAAAAACUUAUGGCCAAAAUUGAUUACAACACUGUUACCCAUCCAAUUUAUCAUGAAAUUGGUGUACAAAUAUCUAAUUCGCCCCAUUUGAAACUGUUCUGGGCUUCAGGCAUUGACGGUCAACUCACAAAACACAAUCGGAACAGAGAAUUGGUUGCUUUAAACAUUCUUAAUGAUAUACUUCACAAUCUGACAGAUAAUGUAGAAGUCAUACCAGACCUCAUCAGCAACAACUUUUUCAAAUUAUUCAUGGAUUGGUUCAAAGGACUUCAAACAGCCAGCAAAAUAAGGUUCAAGAGAGAUGAUGAAGAUGAUCACAAGAUCAUGAUAAAAAAAGAAAAGGAAGUGCUUCAAACUUUAGCAAAGUGUAUGAAAUCUGAAAAGAUUACAGAUCAAAUAAGAGUAGAAACCCUAAAGAAACUUUUAUUUAACCCAGGAGAGAUGAACUUUACAGAAGCUACUGGCACAAGCCUUGUCAAAGCCAUAAUUUCAGAUUUAGAAAAAGAUGGAACUAAAAAACUAGCAAAAUCAUUCAAAGGUGUCCUAUUAAACACUACAAAAAAAACUGUAAAGGAGGGUGUUGAAAGAAACUGGUACAAUAACGAAAGGCAGAAGGCAGCUGAGUUAUUGUCCUAUUUGGUUACCCAGGACUCUGUAAAAGAUGAUGUAGAAUUCAAACUAACUUACAUGAAGUUAUUAAUGUGUUUCGGCUUUUUCAAAAUUGGUGGAGAUGAAAAUGCUGCUAUCAGUUCUGAACUUUCAGGUGCAAUCAAGAUAUCUUUCUACCGAUGUUUUGGAUCGCGUUUUACAAAUGUCGAUGAUCUGCUAUACGUACUGUCUUCACUGUGUAGUUUUAUAAUCUCAAGUUUACAAAAAGAACAGAUCCGUGCAAAGUUAGAAAAACAAUUCCCAAAAGAAAGUAUGGAGUGUUGGGAAAUGGUUAUUAAUAUCUGCCAGAAUAUAGAAAAAAAAGAUCAAAAAUCUAAAGUAGAUAAAGUUUUCCUCAUUUUGUUAUAUCAACUUGGCUUGUUUUUGUUCUCUGAACCUACUCACAUGAAAGCUGCCAGGAGUUCAAUAAAAGAAUUGAAAAGUUGCUAUGAACAUUAUACUAAAGACAAAAAAAAGAAACCUCAGAAAUUAAAAGAAAAUGAAGUGCCUGAUGAACCAGAAUGGUUAGAAGUAUUGGUAGAAGUUCUCUUAUCCAUUUUAUCUGUGGAAUCAAGUGUUUUACGGUCUAUUGUACAAUGUGUAUUCAGACUGCUUUGGGAAUUCCUAACUCCGACGACAAUCGGUCAAAUUGUAUCGGUUCUAGAUCCGGAAAGUGAGUCAAACCCACUGGCCAAUGGUGUGGACUCCGAUGAUGAGGACGAGGAGGGCGAUUCAGAUAAGGAAGGUGACGAUGAUGAAGAAAGUGAUGAUGACGAUGAUGAAGCUAAAAAGAAAAGUAAUGAAGAAAGUGGCGAGAGCGAUUCAGAAGAAGAGGAGGAUGACGAAAUGACUAUACCUGAUCAACUCAGAAUGGCAGUGCAGAAAGCACUGGGCGGUGCCGCCAAUGAAAGCGACGCUGAAAGCGUUGACGCUGACAUGAUUGACGAGGAGGAAGGCAAACAACUUGACGAAGCUCUAGCUGAAGCAUUCAAACAGUUUGGCCAAGGCAAAGGAAAGAAAAACAAGAAAGAACGAAAAGAUAAAAAGGCCCUGUCUGACUUCAGAAUUAGGGUUCUUGAUCUUUUGAAUAUUUACUUAGAAAAAGAUCCAUCUAUGGACAUUUGUUUGUCUAUGAUUGCGCCCCUGACCAGGUGCUUGGAAUUUUGUAUACAGGAUAAUCAGUUCAGUGAACUGGAAAACAGGGUUCGGAAAACUAUCAAAACUCUGACUAAGGUCCGGAAAUUCUCAUCUUCUGAAGGGAUCACCAUGGAUAUCUUAUGUGAGUAUUUAAAGGCGACGAUAGAUAAAGGCGACAGGUCGCAUUUUAUGUUUCAAGCUGUUGGUGAUGUUAUCACAUUUUUUGCUACAUUUAUUAUUAAUUGUUCACAAAAAAUUGGUGUUAAGAAUCCUAAAUCUCCUAAAAAGAAAAAAGCACCGUCGCCUUUAGUAGAGAUCUUAAAGGAAGCUAUGCAGAAUUAUUUCCAGAAUCGGAGUUGUUUACUUCCUAUCAUAUUUUUCCACAAUAUAUUGCAAAUGGAUUGGGAGGGAAAUUUUGAGAUUGUGCCAAUCAUAACAGAAAAUAUUUUCAACAGCGAAGUUAGGCAAUUCCGUCGUAAUGAAGGCAUAGAAUUGAUGGCAGGAUUUUAUAGGUCACUGAAACGAAACAAACCGACAUCGGAACAAGUCCUAAGCAAAUUGUCUGAGUUAGAGAAGAAUUUUGAAAAUACUUUAACCAUUAAAUUAAAAGGAAAAACGUUAUUUGACAUAAAAAAUAAUUUCUUUAUUGCUUUAAAGAAAUUGAUAAACAUAAUUAAAUCGUUUCACGAAAGUACAAAUAUUAACAGCGAAAUUAACUUUGAUUCACUGUUUGACAUAGUGAGUUCCUGUAAAGGCACAGCAGUUAAGGUCAAGUUGAACCAAGAUCAACACAAUCAUAAUGGUGUUCAAAAACAGCAGGGUAAAAAAAAGAAAAAGAAAAAUAAGCGCAAAAUAGAAAAAGUAAAUGGACACAGUGAACCUAAAACGAAAAAAGUUAAAACUGAUUCUGAGGAAUGUGAUGCAGAUUAAUGUUACAUAGUAUAAGUUGAUUACCUUCUAAGACCCAGACUUUAAAUAAAUAAUAGUCACUUA